UAUUCUGUAUUCCGACGGAUUUCUAUUUCGUUCGAAAGUGAUAUUUCGAUCGUUUUCGAAUUUACCAUUCCCUAUUCCAAUCGUUUUGCUCGUUUCGAACGAAAGUGUUAGAAAAUUUCGAAUAUGCAUCGAUCUGUCAAAAACCGAUAAACAAAAAGAAACACCGUAUUAAAUAGCGGCGAGUGCGAGUUGAAUUUCAGUUAAUUUUUGAUCCUAAGAGAAAUUUGUGAGAAAAUUUUCUCGUUCAAUGGAUUCCGUUUUGUUACCGAUUUUGGCGGAGCAAGAAGAAAUUGGAAUGCCUUGCUACCAUCGGCGAAACCACCGAAAAUCAACCGACUUCAUGAAACUUUCUGAUGAAGCAUUCAUCAAAAGUUUUCGUCUAAGUAAGGAAGCUUUUCGGUACGUUUUAGAGGAAAUUGAGAACUGCCUUACCACAAGGAAAGGUGGUCUAUCCACGGAGGUGAAACUCGCAGCAUGUUUGCGAUUCUUUGCUGAAGGAAAUUAUCAACAUGGAGCAGGGCAAGAUUAUCACAUUGCCAUAGCACAGCCCACAUUUUCCAAGGUGCUGACUGAAAUGCUUAACAUUCUGGAGCGGACACUGUGUAAGAAAUGGAUUUCCCUAAAUAUGACGGAAGACGAACAGCGGCGUGCUAAACUACACUUCUAUCAGAAAACAUCAAUUCCGGGUGUUAUUAUGUGUUUGGACCCACGUAAAAAUUAUUCCACCUAAGCUGAAUCGAAAUUUGUUUUUUAAUCGGAAGGGAUUUUAUAGUCUCAACGUUCUGAUUGUAAGUAUUAUUAGUAUUUGAAUUAACAAAUCAAUGAACAAAUACUCUUUUUUAU